AAUCCGAUUUGAAUCAACUCAAGCGGAAACGUCAGCAGCACCUGACCCAAAGGGGGUUAUUUAACUCCACCGGCGUCGGUUUCGUUUAACAGUAUGACAUUACAAUCGUAUUUACAUCUGGGGCCAGCGCAGCCUGCAGAGGCCUGAGUGAGACAAAAGUAAUUUAUUUAAAACCCUGCGUGGUUUCGUUGGUUCCGUCGUCUCCUCAUUUGGUUGCCACAACUGAAGGCGUCGCUUGGCAUCCGCGUCGCAGGUGGAGGAAGCGACCAGUCCAGGAAUUUUUACUACUCUCCCCGUUAGGACGGACCCCCGCCCGUCUGCUGCUGCUGCUGCUGCUGCAGUCUUCCUCCUGGUGCAUUUUAAGACCUCCUGAGGUUUGUGGCCCGACAUGGCUGACACUUUAAGGAGAUUGACCAACACAUCUUCAUUCAGCGUCUUACAGGACAAGCUCGAGAGCUGGCACAAAGACUACCAUGUGAUUUCCUGUGACCAGAAUCUGAACAGAUGUUGUGAGCUGAUUGAACUCACUGCCAAGAUCCAGGGCCAGCUAUUUGCCAUCCUUAACCUCACAGCUGCAGAAGGAGGACACUAUGCCGGAGUAGACACUCUGAAAACACGACUGCUGCCGUGGCUUGGAACCUGUUUCUCAAUGGCGAGGCCCACAGUCAGUGAAGACACAAGCCUACAGCUCAUCCAGGAUUCAGUGGAGAAGGACAGAAAGAUCAGGGAGCUCUCUGCUUCCCAUGAGAAUGACAUGCAGAAGCUGGAGACUCAGCUGUGCUCCACUCAGCUACAGCUAGAGUCAGUCAGAGCUGAGCUGCUUGAUGCUCAGAAGGACCUGGAUGAGACAAAGAGCAAAUCAGCUACGAAUCUUCUGGCCACUGAGGAUGAAAUAUUCCAGCUGAAAGCUGACUUGAGAUCCGCACAAGAGCAGGUAGAGAUUUACAAAAGGAAGCUGGAAACGCUCGACGACUACGAGCGGCAGAUCCGCUUGUUGAGAGACGAAGUGUCUUACCUGAACACAGAGAAGGUCAUGCUGCAAGAAAGGUUGGUGAGGAGUCGUUCUCCAAGCCCUUUGUCCAGGCACAGCCGCUCUUCCAGCCCCGGGAGGAGCGAGUCACCCACCAGAGCCCAGCUCACUAACUCCUCCCGCCACGCCCGCCUCGUAUCGCGCUUCAGUGACCUGUAUGUUGUGGAGCGUCUGAAUGCCCAGGCCCUGCUUCGACGCUACAUUCCUGACUUGGAGAUGGUCCAGAGAAUCAUUUUUAUUGCAGUUGUGGAAUCUUUCAAGACAGCAAAACUGGCUUACCGUCAGUUCAGGCUAAGAGUCAGAAAGACACUGUCCACAUCUCACUUUGGGCCAGAAAGUCUAGAAGAUGCAGCUGUGGACUACAUCGUCAGGAACCUGGACCUUUAUGAUGUUCAGGCCAGCAUUAAUGACGCCAUCAGUGCUAUGAAUGUAAACCCUCGGAUCUCCUUCCCGCCAGAGGUGGACUUCGUCCUCAUCAGUUCCUUGAUCAGAGAGACAUGCAAGGUGGCCUUCACCAUGCAGACACUGGACCCUCCACUGGACUUGGCCUUUGCCAGUGAUGGAGAACUAUACAAUGAUAUCAAGUACCGGCGCAGCUAUGACUCUGAGUUCACUGCUCCUCUGGUGAUGUACCAUGUUUGGCCAGCCUUAAUGGAAAAAAACACUGUAAUAGUGAAGGGCGAGGCCGUGACUAGAAGUGGUGCUCUGUGGAGUCGAAGCCGCAGCAGAAGCAGGAGUAUCAGCCCUGUGCGCUCUCGCUCUCUCAGCCCAACUCACAGCCUUGCAUUUAACAGCAGAAGAAGCCUGUCUCCCGGACGUCUUAGAGCUAGCCACCUGUGACAUUUGGCCCAAUGUGCUGAAAGUCUCAAGUAAAGCACAUGGAUGCUUCUAUGCUUCUACCAAAUAAAGCAAUAAAAUCCUUCAUUACCUUACCAGCCAAAGGCUGUUUGCAUUGUUGGAAUGAAGUUUUACAGCACAUAUAGGAUGAUAUAGAUGGAACAAAAUUAGCUUAGUAUAUAAAUGAACAAUUUUCUUAGUAUACUGUAUUAACUCUAUUAAUUAUUGAUUAGAUACUAACAGUAUUUCAGUGAUAUUGAGGAACUUAAAGGAAGCACAUGUUUCAGGGGGAAAGAAGACCUGCACACUAGCACUUUAUUGGUGCUAAAAAUUAGGGACAAUAAUCAACACGCAGCCCUAUCAGUCAACAUUUCAGUGGUGGGUUGUGUUGUGAGCUGCUGUGGAACAUAUGUUACGGUGCUAGUGAUCAGUGCUAAUUUAACAUCCUCCACUACUUGAGUGACAAACUUUUGGUCAGUGUUUUUGGUGUUUCUUGGAUGCUGUGUUGUUGUUAUUCUUUUCAUAUAUAUUUUUGAUAUUUUUGGUCCUGUUGUUUCAUGUACAUAUGUAAUACCAGACCAACCUCUCAGAUAAGUUGGCUAUGAGAUUUUUCCAGUAAGAAUAGUUUGCUACUGUGAUCAAGAGUAGGGCCAGGAGGCAGCUAUUUGGGGCAGUAUCCAGAUGUAUUCAGUGCAACAAUGUAUGUCUUGUCAUCAUUUAGCUUUAUCUCUUUAUCAUCACUGACUCAGAUACUGCUGGACUUAAUUUGCCCUCUAAUGACUUGAAGGAGAAUUAUGACAUUUUUAUUUUAUUAUGAUUUGGUUUGCAUUGUCAGAUAAAUAUAUCCUUCAAUUGUG